AUGAAUAUUGAAGAGAGAAAGAAAGAAAUUCAAACUGGAAUUUAUGAACAAGAAAUAUUUGAAGAACUUGGUGAGGUACUUAAAGAAAAAUUCUUUAAAUAUAUAAAUGAAGAAAAUUAUGAAUAUUAUAUAUAUGAAGAAAAGGAAGAUAAAAAUUUGAUAAAUUAUAAUAAAUAUGAUAAAGAAUUUGUAUGUAAGGAUAGAAAAAAAAAUAAUACUUGUAUAACAUAUGAUCAUAUAUAUUCUUUUAUAUCUUUUAAAAAAUUUACUGGAAAAAGUAUAUCUUUUGAUUAUAAUGGAAACUAUAAAUAUCAUAAUUUCGAUCUAAAUGAAGAAAUAGAUAAUAAUAUAAAAGAGAAAAUAAUAAAAAAUACAUAUAGUAAAAAUAUAUUUUAUGAUAAUAUAAAAGGACAAAUUAUCUUACGAAUUGAAAAUAUAAAAAGGAUAAUUAGUAUUAUUAAAAACUAUACAUAUUGUAUACAUAAAUUACAAAAUGAACAACAACAAAAAAAAAAUGACAGUACUAGUUUAAAUAAUUAUCCUAUAGACUUUAAUAAAUUACUUGUGAAAUUAUAUAAUAUGGAAAAUUAUAUUUAUGAAAUUAUAAAAUAUGAACAAUUAUAUGAUCCUUACUGGAAUAAGAAUCAAAAAUAUUAUAAAUAUGUUAAUAAUUUUAUAUAUAUAACUUCUCCCCUCAAAAACAAAAACAGAAUUAUGAAAAAUAAUAAAAAUUUUAAUAAUUAUAAAACCAUAUAUGAUGUAUUAUUGAAAUAUAAUAUGGAUAAUGUUACACAAGAUGAUAAUAUAUCCUCAACACUACGAAUAAAUAAAUUAACAAAUAUUCAUUUUUUAAAUUUAUUAUAUUUUAAAUAUCAAAAUGUUACUACGAAAUAUUUAUUUAUUCAUAAUAAAUUAUAUAAAUAUGAAGACUUAUUAAAAAGUCCAGUAUGUUUUAAUGACAAAGAAAAUAUUUCAUCGAUUUUUUUAUCCUUCUUCUUAUUUUUAAAUAUUUGUCUUAAUGAAAAUACAUACAAAAGAAUACUUAAUUAUAUCUAUUUAAUAAAAUUAAAAUUAAAAAAGAAAAUACAAUAUAUAAAACACAAAGAUGAUAAGAAACUUUUAAAUAUGUUAUCAAAUAUUAAAGAUCUUAUAAUGAACAUAAAUAUUAAUAAUAAAUCACACAACAAAUUAUCAUUAUAUUUAUCAUCCAUAUUUAAUAUUCUAACAUUACAAAUAAAUGAUAACCAUAAACAAACUCUACAAUUAUAUAAGAAACUCCUAAAUUGUGAAAUUAAAAUCAACAUAUUAUCUGAUGAAGUUCAAAAUAUCAAUAAACUCACAGAAACAUUAAAUAAAAAAUUAGAUGCAAAUAUUCAAAAAUGGAAAAAUAUAAAAAAUAAAAUCAUCUCAUCAUAA